GUAUAACACCAUCAAGAAUUGUGCUAAAAGACAGCGAAUUAAAUCGAACUAAACGAGAUGAAACCUUCGGUAACGUUUGUCGGCAUGCUGGGAUUGGAGUUCCUGCUGCUGCUGCUGGUUGUAACGCAUGCCCACACGCAACAAUCCCUACCGGAUGUGGCUAGUGCGCAGGAUCCGGUUGCGCUACCACAUACCCCACCGACCCCGAAUGCCAUCGAACCGGCAGGACAUAAGGAUAAUUCCCAGCAGCAGCAUCCUCCGGCGGACGACGCUAAAACGGACGACCACGCUGGAAAAAGCGUAGUUGUGAACUGGAAGCUGGCCUGCAAACAGCUCUGCAGUGCAGGGCUGGGCGGUCCCAGCUGCGGGUCAAUAUGGCUACGCACCACCACUACCGACCCGGACGUACUACCCUUGGACCAGAAAACGCUGGAUGGAGUCUGUCCAGCGCUGUGUGCUAAUGGCUUAGGUGUUUCCAAAUGUAACUGCAAAAGUUACCAGCCGAAGGUGCAGUUCAAUCAAAACCUCGUCUGCGGGGCGUUCUGUACGGUGGCCAGCAAGCAGCUGGCCGGAUGCAGCAGCUGCGACGGUAUCGAUCCCAACCCAGGCACCCUCGGCGCGUUGGGAGCCUACGAAACGACAACACCGAACUGGGACGAGCUCUGUUCCAUGUUUUGCAAGAUGGGAGACGGCGGAACACUGUGCAACUGUGAUUUGCCUCCGUUCUUCUAGAUCCCGGCGGGGCAAAGCUUUCAUUGUUUUAUUGAAAAACCACAAACAUAAACACACAUCCCUAUGCAAGUACAAAAAAGAGACCUUUUGAUUUUCCUUCCUUCCUACCAACGAACCACUAACAGCGCGACGAUAAAGCGGUCGACGAAGCAUCGUGAGGCGGUGCAACAUUAUCAUUACAUAUCGUGAGAUUGCGAUCAGGUGAUCAUCACCAUGGCAAACUCGCACAGUUCCUGCUUCUAUGGGUUCCUUUGCGUGCUGUCUUUGUCUUUGAUUUUAACGACUAGGCUAAGGGUACCGUUUGUGGAGGGAUAACUUCGGAAAUUCAAACGCAAUGACAAAUAUCACUCAAAAGGGCUUCCAGGCGAAAGGUGAAAAGUGUAGAAGAACACAAAAACGCGGACAAAAAACCAUCACACUAACCAUCCCGUGCGGUGGGGCUGCGUCCAGCAAUGUCUAGAGAAAGUAGGGCACGACGUAGUGUGUCAAACAGUCGAGAGACCUAGCGUACAUGUCUUGAUCUAGUUAGGAACUUUUUGUCUAGUUUUGAGAAUUUUAGUCCCCUUUCCGGCCGGCCGAAGCUGUCGAACCGGAAGUAGCAACAAGCAUAAACAAAAACAAAAAAAACUCAUGUCCACAGGGCUCCCGCGGGUCCCUGGACCUGACGUUGACUUCCCUUCCAUGUGUCAAUUUGUUUAGGAUUAAUUCUCUUACGAAACCUGCUUUCGAGCACUGUGCCGUACGCGGGAUACAGUGCAAUUUUAAUUACGAUUAAGAACGUUAAUCAUCUGUUCCGAGCUGUCUGCAAGCUUGCCGUUUCCCCCGGCGGGAACACAAUCCAACCCCAAAACCCUACUAUCCCUUUCCAGCAAGCAUCCCGUUUUAUGCACGAACCGUACAGCCAAGGCAAGAGCGAUCAGCGUAUCAUACCAUCAUCAUCGGUAGCGGUAGUCCCAUCUCAUAUCUCAUGGCAAAAUCAUUGGGCGACGGUGGCGAGAUCAUACGAAAGUUUGACAUUACUUUCCAAAAUUUUACUAAAAGCACGCAACGCAAUAAGAAAUUGCAGAAGAAAAAUGCUGUGAAAGACAAUAAUAAUUACCAAAUAAACUAUUUGGAAUGAGCGUGUGGUGGGAGAUUUGCGAAAAAAAAACACAAAUCGUACAUGAAUACACUAACGAAAACCCAUUUACUAAUAUGACUAAAUUAACUCAAGCCAAUACAACAACAAAAGAAGAAAAAAACAACACUACGCUUUAACUCGAUAUCUAAAUGUUGUAAAUGUUUCCCUUAUUCCGUGCCGUGGAUAUAGGCGCCACCUGUCAGCAGGGUGCCCCCCCGUUAGUAGAUGUCUCCACAACGCACAAUCACGCACAGUAUAGUGAAACAGUGUGUGCUUUGUUUGGUCGGCAGUGGUCGUAUAAUGCAAGCAAAAAAAAAGGAAAAGCUAAACCAGCGCACCCAUAAAUCUCGAACUCGUUCUCAUCAGACAA